AGCAAACCCUAGCGCCACCCACCCACCCACCCACUCGCUUCAGCCGCCUCCGCCGCGCGUACAAGCAGGUGGAGACAGGAUGCCGGCUGGCCACGGCCUGCGCUCGCGGACGCGCGACCUCUUCGCGCGCCCCUUCCGCAAGAAGGGCUACAUCCCGCUCACCACCUACCUCCGCACCUACAAGAUCGGCGAUUACGUCGAUGUCAAGGUGAACGGCGCCGUCCACAAGGGGAUGCCGCACAAGUUCUACCACGGCCGCACCGGUCGCGUCUGGAACGUCACCAAGCGCGCCAUCGGCGUCGAGGUCAACAAGCAGGUCAAUGGGCGCAUCAUCAGGAAGCGUAUCCAUGUCCGUGUGGAGCAUGUGCAGCCGUCCCGCUGCACAGAAGAGUUCCGCCUGAGGAAGGCGAAGAAUGACCAGCUGAAGGCGGAUGCCAAAAAGCGCGGCGAGGUUAUCAGCACCAAGAGGCAGCCAUUGGGUCCCAAGCCCGGCUUCAUGGUCGAGGGCACCACCAUUGAGACCGUAACUCCCAUCCCAUAUGAUGUGGUCAAUGAUCUCAAGGGUGGAUACUAGGUUGUUUGGUCCAUCUACCUGCAGUACCCAGUUCUACAUCUGUGUUACUCUAGUGCGUGCAACUUUGCUCACUCUGAGCAGUAGUAUGAACCUGUUGUCUGUUCCUGUUGAAAGAUUUCCCAUUUUAGGUGCAAACCUGAGUUUCUCCGAACGCGUUAUACCCUGACCUUGCUUCUGAGAACGAAGAUGUGCUAUUUUUGCA